UAACAGAUUGGGAUACAGGCAGGGGGUGUGAUUGAAUACAACAGGCAAGAAAGUAGCAAAGAAACAAGGAGAGUGUAAAAAAAACGACUGCUGGAGACGGGCAGAGGGAGUGUGAUAGAAUGCACUGAAGUUGCUGAGCACUAGAGAUAAAGAGAGAGCGAGUUAGAGGGCAUUGAGGGUGCACUCUUGUGGGCAAGGGUAUUUGUGAGAGCACACUAAAUUUUAGACAUAGAGGUCAUUAAAAUGAGACAGAUUUGCUAGAAAGAAGUGGAGAUAAUGUAGAGAGUUUAUGACAGGUAGGAAAUAUAUGAGAGGUUAUGUGAAAAAGGAGUACAGCACAAGAGUGAAUGAUAUUUGGUGAGGUAAAGAGUAUGUAACUAAAAGUGACAGUUUAUUGAGAAAGUUUGUGUAAAGAAUGGAGGAAGCAAGAGUGUAUGGCAGAGAGAAGAAGGACAAAGUGUGUUAGGGAUGUGAAUAUGUAGUUUACUUGAAUGAUCAAUGCCAAAAAGUAUAACUAAAGAAAACAAUAUUUAAAGAGAAAGAUCCAUUUGACAGUCCACUAUGACAACUCCACUGCUCCAGGCCCAUCAUAUUUUUGGGUUUCAAGGCUCUGUUGUCAAUAAUGUUUUAUAUUUUGAUGAUCAAAGUAUAAUAUUCCCUUCUGGGAGUGGCUGUGUGCGUUACAACAUUGACCAAAAAUGGCAGAAAUUCAUUACAGGUUCUGAGAAAAGCCGAGGGAUGUUGGCUCUUGCCUUAAGUCCCAAUCGGCGAUAUCUGGCCAUUUCUGAAAAAGGUGAAAAGGCCACUGUGAGCAUUUAUGAUGUACAGCAUGAUCAAAGUAGAAAGAGAAAGUCACUAAGUGUGAAUGAUCUUCAAGCCCAAGAGUUCAUCAGUAUUGCCUUCUCACCAGACUCCAAAUACUUGAUUGCACAUUCUGGACAACCAGAUUGGACACUGAUCUACUGGUUAUGGAAGAAGCAGAAAAUCGUAGGUGUCAUGAAAACUACUACCAAUACAAACCCAAUUUACCAGGUCAGUUUUAACCCUCAAGAUAAUGCACAGAUCUGUGUGGUUGGGGAUGGUGUUUUAAAACUGUUGCGAUUUGCUGAUGGAAACCUCAAACAAACAAAUUUCCAAAAGUUAGAGUUACAAAACUUUCUCACACAUGCCUGGAUGUCUGAAGACCGCAUCAUUGUUGGCACUGACAAGGGAAAACUUUAUCUUUUUGAGUUGGCAGAACUGCGCUGGGAGUACAAAAUCGUGCUAGAGCACAGACCAUCUACCUCCAUAAGCCAGAUGCCUCUGCCUCCACCCGCUCUACCCAAGAUUACAGCAAUGACAAUAUAUUCCAAAGGAUUCAUAUGCUCUCCUGGACCUUCUGUAGUGUAUAUAUUUGAAAAAGGAGAGGAGAAGGAUACCUUCAAAAAAACUAGAGUGAUUAGGAUUCCACAGGAUCCAUUCAGCACAGAUCCAACCCAGGCAGAACAACAGGAAAUUUUAACUCUGUGUCUUAGCCCUUCAGAAGAGACUCUAAUUGCCAGCACCAAUAAGAAUCAACUGUAUAGUAUCACAUUAUCUUCUGCAGAAAUGAGUAAGGGAGAAGUGGCACAGUUUGAAAUUCUCUCACAAUCCUUCCACUCCAACAUAAUCACAGGUCUGGAUAUCUGCGUUCGAAAACCUUUCGUUGUCACCAGUUCUACAGAUCGAUCUAUUCGCUUGUGGAACUAUGAAACUAAUGUUUUGGAACUUUAUAAGGAGUUCCAGGAAGAGGCAUACAGUGUUGCUUUGCACCCAUCUGGCCUAUAUAUUCUUGUUGGAUUCUUUGACAAACUACGGCUUAUGAACCUUCUAAUCGAUGAUAUCCGAUCUUUCAAAGAAUUCACAAUUCGAAGCUGUCGAGAGUGUUCCUUCAGCCAUGGUGGACAUCUAUUUGCUGUUGUGAAUGGAAAUGUUAUUCAUAUUCACUCCACAAUCACAUUUGAAAACCAGAUUAAUCUUAAAGGCCACAAUGGGAAGGUUCGUGCUAUUGCCUGGAAUAUGGACGAUAGUAAAUUGGUUUCCUGUGGUAUGGAUGGCGCAGUGUAUGAAUGGAAUACACUGACUGGAAAGCGAGAAUCUGAGUGUGUACUGAAGACCUGCAGUUACACUGGCAUUAGUAUCUCGCCAGAUGGGAAAUGCAUAUUUGCAGUAGGAUCUGAUCGAACUUUGAAAGAAAUUACUGACUCCCAGAUUAUUCGUGAAGUUCCGUCAAAUGAUGUUGCAUAUACCUCCAUUGUUUUAUCACGUUCUGGGCGAAUGCUGUUUGUUGGCACUGCGAAUGGAACAGUACGAAGUAUGAAAGUCCCACUGCCUGUAAAGCAGGAAUGGAACGAAUAUGAGGCACACAAUGGACCAAUCACUAAGAUGGCCAUUACGAAUGAUGACCAAUACUUGCUGACGGUUUCAGAAGAUUCAUGUCUUGUGAUCUGGAAGAUUAUUGAUAAAGAGGGAAGGGUACUGAAACAAGACAAAGAACUUGGUCAUGCAGAAGAAAUCCUGAUCACAAAGUCGGAUUUGCAAGAAAAGAAUCAAUUAACAUUGGAGUUAAAAACCCGUGUUGAGGAACUGAAGAUGGAGAAUGAAUACCAGCUCAGACUGAAAGACAUGAAUUACAAUGAUAAAAUCAAAGAAUUAACUGAGAAAUUUAUUCAGGAAAUGGAAGCUCUGAAAACAAAAAACCAGGUUUUGAAGACUGACAAAGAAAAAGUUGAGAUAAAACAUAAGGAGGAUACAGUAAUGAUCCUGGAUAAACAUUCCAAAGAAAUUGAGGAUUUAGAAACAAUGAACAAUCAGAAAUUAAUGUUGGAAUAUGAAAAAUACCAAGAGCUGCAAAUCAAAUCGCAGCGGAUGCAGGAAGAUUAUGAAAGACAGUUGAUUGAAAUGGAUGAGAGUAAGACCCAAGCAUUAGAGGAGCUGACCGAGUACUAUGAAACCAAACUACAGGAAAAGGCUACACUUAUUACACAGUUGCAGGAAGAUUCCAGGCAGCAGAUUAAAGAGUCUGAUGAAACAAAGAAACAAAUAGAGGAGGACUGUGAUCGUGAAAUUCAGGACAUUAAAAUUAAAUAUGAACGGAAUCUGAGAGAUGAGAAGGAGGCAAAUCUCCGUCUGAAAGGAGAAACGGGAAUCAUGAGAAAAAAGUUUACCAGUUUGCAGAAAGAAAUUGAAGACAGACAGGGAGAGAUUGAGAAACUGAAGACAGAACAUCAGAAGUUACAUGGAGUCAUCAGAUCUCUAGAGAAAGACAUCCAAGGAUUGAAGAAGGAAAUCUUAGAAAGGGAUGAGACUAUACAGGACAAGGAAAAGCGCAUCUAUGAUCUCAAGAAGAAGAAUCAAGAACUGGAGAAAUUUAAAUUUGUUCUGGAUUACAAAAUUAAGGAGCUGAAACAGCAGAUUGAGCCACGAGAAAAUGACAUAAAAGAAAUGAAAGAGCAGAUUCAGCAAAUGGAAAAUGAGUUAGAAUUAUUCCACAAGCAUAAUGCACAGCUGGAACUUAAUAUUGGAGAGCUCAAACAGAAACUGAAAGCAACAGAAGCAGAGAUGCGUAAAGAAAUGGAGAAGGUGCAUAGAGUAGAAUCUGUUGUUAAACGUUUUAAGACUGAUGUAUACAACUGUGUGGGGUUUAUUCAAGAUCCAAAAAAACUUAAAGAAAGUGUGCAGCAACUGUAUGAGAAAUAUGUACCCCAGACAGAUGUGUUUGAUAUUGCAGCUAUUGAUUCAGAUAUUCAGCGAGAGUUUGGACGACAAAGAAACCACCUGGAAAAAAGCAUUGCAACACUUCAGAAAAAACUACUGAAAGAUGCGGAAAUUCAUCGCGCUGACAAUGUCCGUAUCAUGCAGGAAAAUGUUGCUUUAAUUAAGGAAAUAAAUGAUUUGCGGCAGGAGUUGAAGAUUGCUCGAAUCAAGGUACAUGAUUUGGAAGUAACUCUUGGAACCCUGAAGAAGACCAAGAAACCAUGUGCCCAUGACUUUAAAGACAAUUGUUCACGAAGUGGUACAGUUGCACGUCUUAAUUUCGACCAGGAAUCAGAACGGAUCAUUGAAAUGCAGCGACUGGAAAUUAAACAACUUCGGGAAAAAAUUCAGACAUUAGAGGAACGUCAACAGACUGUAUCAGUGUUACCUGCACUCACUGUCUUAUGAAUGUUUGAGACACUGUUGCGGCAUUUUCUUUUGUGGGUAAACUGGCCAUACAACUUCCAAUGCACAAUGCUUAAUAUUAAACCUGACAAUUUAUCUCCCCUUUUGAAAGCUGUUUAAAUCCCAUCUGUUUUAGAGCAAUGAAGUAAUCUGUGCUUUAAGGGUGCACUAUUAACUUUUUCAUUAUAUGUGGUUCAUUAAGCAGAAUUGUUUCCUGAACAGUGAGAUGCUUCACAUUUAUUCAACUUGUCUUUUAACCAAAUCAGUUUUGCCUUUUUAACGUACAGUCAAAGAGUUUCAGUGUUUGUGAUGAGAAGAUAGAAAAAUUUGAUUAUUACUUGGAGCAAUCACAACAACAGCUGGGUAUAGCACAAAUUAUAACUCGAAAAGUUAAAGGUCAUUUGAUGUCAAUAAAUUAAAGGAACCAUUAGCUUCAUGUUUUCAUGCUUUUGUCUAUUCAUGCUGACCCCUGUUCAUUGGAACCACCAACGGAACUGUACACUUAGCUCCUCCUAAUUUUUAUAUACUAAUUUCAUUGGGAGAAAACUUCCUCUUCGAUUGCUGGCACUGAAUGCAUAGGAAAAAAAUUCAAACACAGGCUGUACUUUCCUCCUCAGCUGAUGAAACCAAACACAGGUAAAUUUAACUGGUAGCUGAUACUCACACUUUUAAGUGCUAGUGACCAAAGUUAAGUUUCUCCCUGAUGAUCUUUCAGCUGAAACUCUAAACAUUUGCUGGUUUAGUCCAUUGACACUAAGGUGUAGGAGGUGUCACCUUUUAAAUAAGAUAUUAAACCAAGACCUUGUCUACUUCUUGGCACUUGCUGGAAAUUCUCUCAAUAUGCUGCCUGACGUUUAUGCCUCAACCAAUAUCACUAAAAUAGAUUUAUAACAGUAACAUUUAUAUAACAACACUAACAUAGAACAGUGGAGCUGUGGGUGCAUAGUGGACCUGUGAUGGUUCUCCUAGGGCCCAGGAAGUGUUUUCAUAUGUGCACAUCUUACAAGAUGUUUGUAAUAUACGUGAAUGUCUUGGAUGUGGAUGUAGGAGGCAUGAUCAGUAAGUCAGCACACGACACCAAGAGUGAUGGAGUUGUUGACAGUGUGGAUGGUAGUUUAGGCUGCAGAUGGAUAUCAAUGUGUUGGUGAAAUGGGCUGAAAAAUGGCGGGUGGAGUUUAAUCCAGACAAAUGAGAGAAUUAUGAGGCUAGGACAUACAUCAUGAAUGGUAGGAUUGUAGGGAGUAUCAAGGAACAGAGGGAGCUUGGAGUACAAGUCAAUUGAUCCUUGAAGGUGGCAACAGGUAGAUAUUGUGGUUUGGAAGUCAUAUGGGAUACAGGCUUUCAUUAGUUGGGGAACUGAAUACAGAAGUAGGGAGGUUAUGCCCCAACUUUAUAAAACAUUAGUCAGACUUCAGCUACAGGAAUUAAACAAAUACUUUUUGUCUGUCUUCACAGGAGACUAAAAACAUCUGAGUGCAAAUGAGGAAGUAAAUUAGAAUUAGUGAAAAACCCCAGAGAAGCUAAUGAGCCAGAAAAUUAAUGAAUCAGUAAAGUUUUGCCUGAGUGAUACUGGAAUUCCAAACGCUAAAUUACAAGGAGCGCUCAUAUAAAUUGACUUCCCUGAAAUGUAUUAACUGGUGAUUUGUUUUCAGACGUUGAGAUGAACUGACAGGAUAGAUGGAACAAGGCUCUUUCUACUGGUCGAAGAGCCUCAGACCGUGGCCUUCAUUUAAAAUUCAGCACUGUUUUUCAGGAAUGAAGUUUGGAUACAGAGGUGAUAAAAAUUUGGAAUUCUGGAAAUGACAAUUGAUUCUAGAUUACUUGUUAAUUUUAAGUCUGUGAUUGAUACAUGUUUG